CGUGGAGGCGGCCUACAAAACGUCAUCGUCGCCGUCGUCGCGGGUGGUGUCGUGAAUCUAAUUGUUCACGGAGAGAACAAAGAGCCUGUGAUAGCACGGUGCACCUUUUAAUAACCUUGACCCGCUUGUUGACAACAAUUAAUUCUGUGAUCUGCCGAGGAGAUGGUGAUGUUUGUGCAAUAGGAAUUUGUCAAAAGUACUUAUCUGAACUUAUUUAGGCGAAAGACCAAAUUAUCAAAAAGUUAUAGCCAUGUUUUGGCCGAAGUAAAAUAUCGGCCGAAUUAACAAUAUAAAAACGCAUUAAGAUGCGCACUUGCCUGGACGACAAUCGCUUCUGUUGUAUAUAUUCUGUUGUAUACAUUGCAUGAGAAGUUUAAACAAGACAAAAUGAAUAGUGAAAGUACAGAAGAAAAUCAACAACCAGCUCUGGUCCUGGAAGAGAUAAGUCUCGCUUCGAUGCGACCCAUAUUCCCGGACACAGACAAACGAUGCGUGGAUGUAUGGACAGAGAAGAUGAACAAAGGAGUAUUGACGAGUAUCAACUUCAGAGAGUACUGGCGAGUUUGGGUGCCAAAGAUAUACAGUCCGGAACGCGACGGCAACUGUCUAGAGUGGACCAUCGACGAGGACACGGCAAACAGGAUGCUUCUCCGGACUCUGGAAGAAUUUAUCUGUGGCGGAGAUCCACAGGUGAUUCUUAAGGAGCUCAGUAAAAUGGACAAUCCGCCGUCUAUAUGCGGCAGAAUGUUUAAAAUGGGCGAGCCGACAUAUAGUUGCAGGGAGUGUGGCAUGGACUCUACGUGCGUGCUUUGCGUGGACUGUUUCAAGCAGUCGGCUCAUCGCAAUCACAAGUACAAAAUGGGAACGUCCAACGGAGGCGGAUGCUGCGACUGCGGCGACACGGAAGCCUGGAAGAAGGAGCCGUUCUGCGAGACGCACAUCAUAGGAACGCAGUCGAAGGAAUCGCGCGGCAACAAGCUACCCGGUGACAUCGCGGAGAGAGCGGUGGUGGCUUUCGAAGCGUUACUGGACUAUUGCUAUGAGCUGCUAACGCUGAGGUAUACCGUGGCGUUACCAACGAAUCUCUGUAUCAGGGACACGACGUUUUACUCGCUCGCCCCCAACGAGUUGGACACUUUCGAUACUUACUGCACUGUGCUCUUUAACGACGAGCAUCAUACCUUCGAUCAGGUGAUAAACAUGCUCACGCGCGUCCUCAAGUGCUCGCAGAAGGAGGCCGUGGAGUAUGUGACCAAUGUCGAUAGGGAAGGCAGAGCUGUGAUCAAAUGUUCGAUAUUUCGGCUUUGCAGCGAAUUACGCGGUGAGGUCGAGAAAUUCACAUACAGACACAGCAAUCGGCCGCUCAAGGUACUCGUCCUCCAUGCUCACAUAGUCGCUCAUCAGACGUUCGCCAUAAGACUGCUCAAUUGGUUGCAACAGUUCAUAAGUCACUGUGAGGGUUUCCGCGUCCUGUUCAGCAAUAUUGCACUCAACACGAAGCUACCCGACAUGUCGGUCGUCGAGGGCAUACUGACUAGAGAUUCGCAGUUAUGGAAAUCCGCCAGAACGGCGUGGCAUAGAUUGUUUAUCUAUGGUAUGCUCAUGGAGUACGAGAGUAAAAAGGCACUUUCCAUCGUAUUUACUUACAAUUAUGGAUCUGUUAUGAAAGAUUUCAUCAAGGACGAUCACGAUCACUCGUUUUCGAUCGUCUCGCUUUCCGUUCAAUUGUUUACCGUGCCGACCCUGGCGCAUUUGCUCAUCGCGCAACAUGAUGCGCUGUUCAACUUGUUGACCACGUUCAUGUCUGAAAGCUCCCGGCGAUGUAACGCCGCGGGAAAAUUAGAAUUCGAGAGGAACAUGCCGCACCAUGCUUUUAAGCGGGCGCAGUACAUACUUUACGACCUGCGGUACCUGCUGAGCGCGAAACCGGAAGAGUGGACGGACGACUUGAGACGUGGUUUCUUGCAAGGUCUCUCGCUACUGUUCAACCUCCUUUCCAACAUGCAGUGCAUGGACGCAGUGCUUCGACAGGUCGGACAACACAUGGAGUACGAGCCGGAAUGGGAAUCUGCGUUCAAUCUACACAUAAAACUGUCGCCGGUCAUCACGUUGGCCUUGGAGUGGUGCAGCUCGGACCGAGUGGUGCUGAUUAAAUCCUUCAUAUCGCUUUUGAAAAAGCUGUAUGAACAACAAGGAAAUGAGCAACCGCCGAGCCAGGUGCGAGAGCUGGCGAAUCAUAGCGCGACGUGCCUGCAAUACGACGUGGCAUCCGAGCCAGUUUCCAUUCACCUACCUCUCUCGAGGUUCCUCGCCGGUCUGUUUCUACAUCUGGAGAAAUACAAUUUACAUUUUCAGUCAUCCGAAUUCAACAAUCCGAUGAAACCGACGCCUGAACAGAUUAUCGAACCUGUACUCACGGCACAGGCGAUGAUUUCGCAAGUGCACGCGGGCAUGUGGCGCCGAAACGGCUAUUCUCUGCUGAAUCAACUGUACUUUUAUCACAAUGUGAAGUGCCGUAGCGAGAUGCUUGACCGAGAUAUCGUUUUGUUGCAGGUCGGCGCAUCGCUGAUAGAAAGCAAUGAAUUCUUGAUUCACGUCCUAAACAGGUUUAAUCUUCUUAAUUGGGUGCAGCCAGAUUUCGAGGUAACUGCCUUGAAGAAUCCAGAGGAAGACAGUAUGCGGCAGACGAUUAAUUUGGUGGAGGAGUUUUUGGGCUUGCUCAUCACAAUAAUUGGCGAGAGAUACGUUCCCGGCGUCGGUCAGGUGACCGUUGAUGAUCGUCUUAAAAAGGAGAUCAUACAGCAGCUGUGCAUAAAACCUCUCUCACACUCGGAAUUGAGCAAGACAUUGCCAGAAGAUGUGGUGCACAAUAUCCAAAGCGAAUUGGAAAGGGUGAUACACGAGGUAGCGGAGUUCAAAAAGCCAGUGAACACGUCAGCGAAGGGAGUGUACGAACUCAAUCCGAACCUAUAUUCGGAGUACAACGUAUUCUUUUAUCAUUACACGAAAGAGGAACACAGCAAGUCGGAGGAGGUUCAACGGAAGCGUCGAAAAGCUCAGGGAGAACUGGAAUGUUGUCCGCCGCCGAAGCUACCUAGAUUGACGGAAUCGUUCAGUUUGGUCGCGAAUCUGUUACAAUGCGACGUUAUGCUCCACAUUAUGCAGACUGUGCUGGAGCGCGCGCUCAAUUUUGUAGCUAGAAGCUUCUCUGAACCGCAGGUGCACAAGGUGCUGUAUCUAAUUGGCUAUGCGUUACAGGAACAGGAAUCCGGUUACUAUCCUUUUCUCGCGUUCCCCGAGCGAGCAGCGAAGUGGAAGAUUUAUAAGUUACUGGAGAAUCUAAGCAGCAGUCCACGCAUGGACGCUCACAAGGAUCUCCUCACAUGGGUCUUGGCCAAGUAUCGUCAAGUCGCCAGUUUGAGUGGGAAAGAGAAUAGUCCAGUGUCUCUUCAACCCGAGCAGCAACAGCAAGCGGGCGAGACUGAUGCUAACACUAAUAAAGGAACGGACAAGGAAUGGCGAACGAAAAUGGCAGCUCAGAAGCGUGCCAAAAUCAUGGCGCAAAUGGCAGCUAUGCAGAAACAUUUCAUGAAAAAGAACGCCACUCUAUUCGAGGAAGCGAGCUUGGAUCCCAGCACCAAAACCAAUGAUCGCGGCUCCGCCAUGGAUCUGACGGAGGCCUCGUCUCAGGAAGGUACUCCAAUCGCUGUUGGUAUCAAUCAGACUAGCAGGUGCUGUGAGCAGAAAAUGCAUACGUGUAUCCUGUGCCAAGAAGAUCAGACCUCGACGGAAAGCGGCUCGGCGAUGGUAUUGGCCGCGUUCGUUCAGCAAUCCACCGUCUUGUGUCAGCGUCAUGGCGACUUUCAGGAGCCUGAUCCGCUAUACCUGUCGGCGAAAUUGGGCAUGUCGCCACACACGAGUACAUGCGGUCACGUGAUGCAUGCUCGCUGCUGGCAGGAUUACGUCGACAACGUGCUCGCCAAAGAGAACCGGCGACCCUACAGAUCACGGCAGCAAGCCAGCUUUGACGCGGAGAACCAUGAGUAUCUCUGUCCGCUAUGCGAGUGCCUCAGCAAUACCGUUCUCGUACUCGUCCCGCCCUUGGGAGUGCUGCAACCAACUCCGGAACCUCAGCCGGACAUCAGUUUCGAGACGUGGCUGAAGGUGAUGGCGCUUACGAUGGAGUGCAAGCCGAACAGGAAAUUCGGCAAGGAUGAGGACGAGGAAUGCGCUGGGUUGGAGGAUGAAAAAAUGGUCAAUCCCAUGACGAUUCUCCUUCAACAACUCGGGGAUAGCGCCUGGGAACCGUUUGAGAUGCAGUAUUCGCGAUCCGGGCCACAUCUCGCGCGCAGGAUGGAGGCCACGAUCAAUAUGUAUGCUUCACUUUUUGCGCACAACACGUACAAGGGAUUCGGUACUUUCGAUGGUGAUUCGAAGAUGCCUUUGUUAGCCUGGAAGUCAGUGUCGUACACGAUUCACGCGAUAGAAUUUCUGCUGCGCGAUCAGGACAAACCGCUGCUGGGCGCUAUGACCUCCCGACAAAGCGACAGUGUCAAGAGCCUCGUGCGACUGUCGGCCCUUUUGGGCGCAAGUUUCUCAAACCGCGCGAACCUCUGGUCACAGCGCGAUCAAAUCAAAAUACACGCGGCGUGGUUGCUAACGAUGUUGAUCGAGGCACCGUCCACCGGACCUAGUAUUUUCGACAUUGAUCCGUUUGGAGUAUUGGUGCCGCUUCUUAAUUCGCUACCGAGCAUCUUUCACACGAAGGCUGACGAGGGUCCUCCGAAACCGCCGCCCAUCAUUACAGGUGACGUGUUUGAUUCGCACGUGCUCAAACUCGUGUUCCUAUGUCACAUAGCGAAAAUCCUGUACACAUCCGACUUCACCGACGCGAUGGAACUGGACAGUCACGAGACGGAGGACGACGACAACGAGGAGGAGAACGUUGAAAGCAAAAUGGACUUUGCCCUGUUCCACAUUCUGGGUGUGCACUACGACAAACAAAGAGCCAGCGAUGUAUGGCGACGGGUGGAGGCUGCCUGUCGACCCUUCCUCCGAUGUUGCGCUAUCUACUUUCAUUAUGUAACCGACGUACCACCACUGGUCGAAUUAACGCAGGUGCAAGGUGAUACUUACGAGAAACUCUGUCAGUACCUGGGACUGCCCGCUACAUGUGACGCUUUAAUCUACUCUCAUUUGGAGGUCACUCUGAAACUAAUGGCUGUGUGGCGAAGACACUCUACCGUCUGGAAUCAUAUGUCGGGCGAGAAAAAGGUGUCAAUUGUUAAGGAUCCGUUGAAGGUGAACAAACUGAUAGAGUUACCGGACGAUUACAGUGAGCUUAUCAACUCGAUAUCCCAGUUCACCUGUCCGAACAGCGAUCGAGAGGACUCGCGCAAUCCGACGAUGUGCCUAGUGUGCGGCGAGAUGCUAUGCUCACAAAGCUACUGCUGCCAGGUGGAGCUAAACAAGGCUCAAGUGGGCGCGUGUACGUUCCACGCGAACAAGUGCGGCUACGGGGUCGGUAUAUUUCUACGUGUACGUGAAUGCGAGAUUCUGUUCCUGCGCACGCCCAAUCGCGGCUCCUUCGUCUGCCCGCCCUAUCUCGACGAAUACGGCGAGACGGAUCAGGGUUUAAGACGCGGUAAUCCGUUGCAUCUCUGCCACGAGAAGUACCAGCGGCUGCACCAUAUAUGGCUCGGCCAUGGAAUCCACGAGUCCGUCACCCGUGCGUUCGAACAGUCCUCGAACAAUUUAAUGCCGACUCAAUGGCAGCAUCUAUAACUCUGUGGGAUUUUUUCCUACGAUGCUACAGAUCUGACCCUUAGAUAAAAAAAAAUAAAAAAUGUGAGAAAAGAUUUGAUUUUUACGCUUAAGCGAACGUAGCAGCCUAAGUAUUGAUUGUUGAUGGUCCAUGAUUCGAUUCGCGUUUGCAUUCGAAAUCGACGAAAUUAAUUUAUUCAGCGCGCGCGCAUUAAAACACGGCUUUGUAUAUUUAAAAAAGAAUAUUAGGUAUGUAUCGGUCCUUUUUCCCCCUGCAUCUCUUUGUUUCCCCUCGCGUUGCAGCAAUUUUUAGAGUUUACCAAUGUGGUUUUUAAACGUGGUUUUUAAAGUUUACAAAAUUUCUAUUUUUAGAUUGUUUUGAAGUUAACAAAACUUUUAUAUUCUCUGUUAUAUAAAUUAAUCUAACGGCUCUGUUCACGUAUUUAUUAACGAAAGUUGUUGCAUAGGUGUUUUAUUGCUUGUAGAUGCUAGUCCGCAACUAACGUGAUGCUCCUCCCAGUAUUUGACCAAGCAUCGUAGUUAAUUUUUUGUGAAAAAUCGGGGAGUUUUUCCGCGUGUAUAAACGACGGAGCCUGUACUCUACAUCACUCCGAAGACCUAGAACAAUGAGCGAAAGAGCGACUGCCAUUCAUCUAUGUCAUUUUGGUGUAAAACUCACUGGCCCUUGAUAUUCUUCGUUUGCAGAAUAGCAUGCUGUUACUAUAGUAACAUACGAAAAAAAAAAACGAACGUAAGUCUUACAAUUUUUAUAUUAAGGGGAUACUGGAGUCAUUUGUUCUACCAAUUGAACGCUAAUUAUUUUCGAAUACGCUUUGCUCUUAAUUGAUUUCAUAUAAUUGUAAAUCCUUCUCCAGAAUUAAAGUAUAGAGUGUAUAGAUAUAGACAAUAACAAAGGGUGGAUAAUUUCAUGCUAAAAACAAAAACAAAAUAGAAAAUUAUACUUUUGUGCAGUCGUCUCGUGACUUUAGUCUGCAGCACUAAGUUUUAAAGACUUUAUACGUACAAAAUAACUGUUAUGCAUCCUUGUCAUUACAGAAAAGAAUAAUCAUGUGUUUUCAGAAAUGAGCUAGAAGCUUUUGGUAUAAGUAAAUAAUGUAUCUAAACAUUUUAUAUGUAUGUGUAAGUGCGGAUUCGGAAGAAGUCGAUAAGUAGAGUAAUAUGAAAAAUAUUUUCGUUCUCGAUAUAAAAUCCAAUUCACAGAUUGAUAUUAAUAUGUAUACUUUAAUUCUGGAAAAAAUUUCCAAAUCUAUAAAAGAAAUAUAUACGAAAUAUAUACGAAAUUAAUGAUGUGCACGAAUGACUCUAUAUUAUCGAUCCCGAUCAAGUUUUAGAGGCAGUCCAGCAUCCCCUUAACUGUUGUGAAUUAUUCUAGGUCGACGAGUUUUCCUCUUUUUUUCUUCUCUGUUCUUAUCCCUACUUGAUUACAACAUUAAUUCGUGCGUAGACAGAACAUGGACAAGCAAAAGGUGAUCAGAAAAAAAUUCACGAUUAUCGAAUGGAGUAAUUUUUAAAGUAUCAGUGGUGUGUGAAAUAAAUAAUACCUAACGUAACGUUUGUUUCUCUCUCUCUCUCUCUCUCUCUCUCUCUCUCUCUCUCUCUCUCUCUCUAUCUAUCUAUCUAUCUAUCUAUCUGUCUAUCUUUAUCUCUCAUCGCUAGUCUCUUUUAGAUACUCCUGGAAGUAACGUUAACAAGUCACUCCAGGAAACUGAAGCUUUGGCGUCGUACUUGAUUCUUCAUUUAUUCAACUCAUACGAUUUAGCUGAUUCUUAUGUACACCUGUAAUCGAACAUAGAUAAUUUUAAAAAAUUUUUAUUAUUAUUAUAUUAGAGAAAGAAGUGUGUAAAUAUAUCGAGAUUGUAAGAAUU